AUGCUGAGUUCCCUAGCCCGGGUGGGAUCCCGACUCCUACAAACAUCAGCUAAACGAGUCCUCACUGCUCCCUCCCUCACUGCUCCCUCCCUCACUCGCCACAUAGCCUCCAUCCCUAAUCCUGCUCCCGGGUUCACAUGUCAGGCUGUCAUGCCUGAUGGUGCUUUUCAGGAGGUGUCUCUGUCUAACUACGAGGGGAAGUAUGUUAUUCUGUUCUUCUACCCGCUGGAUUUCACUUUUGUGUGCCCGACUGAGAUAACUGCGUUUAGUGACCGUGCUGCUGAGUUCCAGGAAUUAGGUUGUCAACUACUAGCCUGCUCAGUAGACUCACACUUCUCCCAUCUCGCCUGGAUGAACCAGUCCCGCAAGGAAGGUGGUCUCGGUGAAAUGAAGAUCCCUAUUCUAGCUGACCUCAAUAAAUCUAUCGCUAAAGACUACGGUGUCCUCCUGGAACCAGUUGGUAUCGCUCUGAGAGGACUCUUCAUUAUUGAUCCUAAAGGAAACUUGCGGCAUAUCACAGUGAACGAUCUGCCAAUCGGGCGAAGUGUUGAUGAAACCCUGCGCACACUGAAAGCGCUGCAGUUUGUGGAGGAGCACGGCGAGGUGUGCCCGGCUAACUGGACCCCCGGUGCUAGCACUAUCAAGCCUGGUGUUGAUAGUAGCAAGGAGUACUUUGAGAAGGAAAAUUAG